AUGGCACUUGUGGCACAUUAUGAUUUGGAGCUUUAUCAGAUGGAUGUUAAGACAGCUUUUCUAAAUGGAGAUGUUUCGGAAAGGGUUUACAUGAGACAACUUGAAGGUUUUGUUGUAAAGGGAAAAGAAAACUUGCGUUCAAAUCAUCUUGAGGUGGUAGGUUACUUAGAUUCUAAUUUUCCUGGAUGUCAAGAUGAUUUGAAAUCAACAUCAGGUUAUAUUUUCAUAUUGGCUGGUGGUGCCAUCUCGUGGAAAAAUGAUAAACAAAAUCUAGUGGCAUCUUCUACUAUACAGACUGAAUUUGUGGCAUGUUAUGGAGCUACAAUUCAAGCCAUUUGGUUGAAGAAUUUUAUUUCUGGACUGAAAGUUGUUGACUCCAUCUCAAGGUCAGUCACUAUUUAUUGUGAUAACAGUGCAGCAAUGUUCUUUUCAAGAAACAAUAAAAGUUCUAGUGGAUCAAAACACGUUGACAUCAAAUAUUUGGUGGUCAGAGACAGGGUUAAGGAAGGGCAGACAAAAAUAGAGCAUAUUAAUGCAGAGACAAUAAUUGCAGAUCCUUUAACUAACGGACUUACUCCUGAAAUUUUUAAGACACGUGUUACUAAUAUGGGUAUUGUGGAAACCUUUGAUGUUUUUUGUUAG